AUGCGCAUGAAGGACGGUGAGUCGCUGGAUCAGCUCGCCGGGCGCAUCGCCGGGAUGGCGGUGCGUUACAGCAAUCUCGGCGGCACCUUGGAGAAUGCGGCUUUGGUGAAGAAGCUGCUUGACUCUGUCCCCGUGCGAUUCAUCCACUGCAUCGCCGGGAUGGAGCAGUUUUGUGACCUCAAAACUAUGCAGUUUGAGGAGGCGGUGGGCCGGUUGAAGGCCUACGACGAGCGCACUCGUGGUGUGUCGGCUGGCGGUGGAGGCGGUGCUGCAGGCGAUGGGCAUCUUCUCCUCGCGGAUGGUCAGCACAAGAAGGAGGGCGGCGAGAGCUCCGGCAAGCAAAGCGGUUCUGAUGGAGGUGGACGCGGUCGUGGACGCGGCUACCGUGGAAGAGGGCACGGCCGGGGUGGUCGUGGUGAGCAUCAGGGUGGCAGGAACACAGGAGGUAAACCAUGA